AUGGCUCCUGCUCGACAGCAACCGGCACCACCGCCGUUCAGCAAAGAUCAAAAAGUGCUAUGUUUCCACAUGGACAUGCUCUACGAAGCCAAGAUUAUGGAUGUUCAGCCAGCUGAGAAGCCCAGUGACGGAUACAAGUACAAAGUCCAUUACAAGGGGUGGAAGAACACCUGGGACGACUGGGUGCUGGUAGACCGUAUCCGGACCUUCGACGAUGAGCACAAAGAGCUGGCUGCACAGUUGCACGCACAGUUGAAGCAUAACAUCCAACGAAGCACUAAGCAGCCGAAAAAGGGCCUGAGAAGUGGUGCUGAGUCUGCUAGAGUCAGCGAGGAGCGAUCAGGCUCUGCCACUGUUCAAGGAGGCAGGGGAGGAAGACGAGGCAAAGACUGGGAAUUGGAACAGGGCCAUACCGAGCCUUAUAUUGUGAUCCAGCCCCCCUCUACACCCAACUCUGCCUAUGGCGCUGCCGUUUUCCCCUCCAUGAUUCCUUUCUUGUCACUCCUCGCCCUUGUCCCAGCAUCAAAAUCCCACUUUGACAAGGCAUCAUUUCUACGCACUACAUCCUUUCCCUCCCGCAGCUCUUGUCUGCUCUACUGUUUUCAAAGUUCCCGUGCUUCCUAG